AUGCGCAGUUUGCGGAGGUGGGAUUGUGGCGGCACCCUCGUGGGCAGAUCGCCCAGCCCCUACCGCUCCGGAUGCCGUAGCCAGUAGCUACGCCCCUGCCCCGAAUGAUAUGAAAACACGCUCCACCACUGACGUAUCUGGUAGAAGAGGAGAACUUGGUUGCGGAGGAAAUGUUUGCUGGAAUGUUUCAGGAGGAAAGAGGAAGGCUGUGGUUUAAUGAUAAAACAUUUGCAGAAGAUCCCAGGUUCACUACCUACAAUCUUCAGUUAGGGGUUUGACAGAACCCUCUUUCUUUCUUUCUUUCCAUUUUCUUUACAAAACAGAUGUUUUUUUUAAAAAAGAAAAAUGUGAAUAAAAGAAGAAAAAGCGGAAAAAGAAAAUAGUAUACCGCUAUUACAAUUGUUAACAGUUAAAAAUGACCAUUUUUAACCUACUGCAUUUUGUAUAAAUGACUUCCAAAUUUCAUUAUACUUGUCGUUGCAGAGUCUAUGUCUAUAAGCAACCCAUUCAUAAAUGGGAAGUGAAGUCAGGUCUUCAAUCCAUUGAAUAAAUGGAGCUUUAUAUUUAUCUUUCCAAUGCAGCAUUAUCAGUCUUUUGGCCAUAGAGAAUCCAUUUAUGCUGCCUGGUUGUCAAAUUCCCUACAGUAGGCACACAGUUCAAAAGAAUAUUAUCCUUCGAAAAUUUUAGCUUUUUCCGCACAGUCAUAUUUAUAUAAUUCAUGACUUCCCCCCAAAACUUACUAAGUAUAGGACAUUAUAAAAACAUAUGUUUUAAAGAAGCAUUACACUUAUUACAGCUCCAACAAAAUGAUGUCUUAGAAUAUCCUUUUCUAUACAAAUGCAGUGGAGUCCGAUAACUUCUAAAUAUUAUUUUCUGCUGUAUAAGUUGUAACGUAAGGUCCCCUGACACCCUUGCUAUAGGAGUUAAAACACUCCAGUUAUCUAGGAAACAUAGGAAUCCCCAGUGCUUUCUCUCUUUUUUUGGUAAUAAUAAUAAUAAUAAUAAUAAUAAUAAAUUUUAUUUAUACCCUGCCCUUCCUGGCCAGAGCUGGGCUCAGGGCAGCUAACACCAAUAAAACCACAGUAAAAACAUAAUAGGGGAAAAAGAGAGGGUGGGAAAACCCCCAAUUUAAAAUACAGGUUAAAAUACAAUUUAAAAUGCAGCCUCAUUUUGAAGUAGCUGAUAAAUCAAGACCAUAAGGGGAGGGAAACAUAAGGGUCAGACCGAGUACAAACCAAAGGCCAGGCGGAACAGCUCUGUCUUGCAGGCCCUGCGGAAAGAAGUCAAGUCCCGCAGGGCCUUAGUCUCUUGUGACAGAGUGCUGGGGCCAGUGCUGGCCCUGGCCCUAGUUGAAACCAAUCUAACCUCCUUGAGACUCAGGACCUCCAAAGUGUUGUUAUUUGUGGACCUUAAGGUCCUCUGCGGGGCAUACCAGGAGAGGCGGUCCCAUAGGUACAUGGGUCCUAGGCCGCAUAGGGCUUUAAAGGUCAAAACCAGCACCUUAAACCUAGGUAGAAAAAAGGUGCUGGAACUCACUCAGAAGACCAACCCCAGAGCCAAAUGAGGAUCUCUUUGGGUACUGGGGAGAGUCUCCUUGCUAGCCAGAGACUUGUUGAGGCUCCUCGGCUGUGGCAUGGGGAGCCUUCUGUGCCUCAGCUGAGCAGCUUACUGAAGCCCCAUGCUCCUCUGGCUCACGUCUAGAUGUAGGAUAGAGAAGGGUGUGUGAGCAGGCGUAGAAACUGGCCUACUGUGGAAGGGUAAGAUUUACAUUUGCUGCUCUGCCCACAUUUGCCUCUGGCCCAGCCCAGCCUGCCCUGGGGCCCACAGAAAGUUGCCUAGAAUGAAAUGUGGCUCUUACAAAUCCUUAGAAAUGAACACAUGAGAAAUUGAUGUGGACCAGAGCCAACCAUUUCUACCUCAGUGGGAGUACACAGCUCUUGUCCUGGCUAGAUGAAGACCUGGACAAGAGCAUUCAUUUUAGGGGGCAAGGGAAUACAUUGAGAGGUUGUUAUUGCAAACAGAAGGCUGGAGGAGACUGAAAUCAUUCUAACUCAGCAUGUCUAACCUUACAAUAUCCUUUACCACCCUCUUCUUCACUCUCUUUUCUGCCUGCCCUUAUAGUUACCUGCCUCGGUAAGAGCUUUGGGACACAUUUUGCCACCUCCUUUAUGCAGAAUUUUGACCAGCGAGGCAAGCUUGAAGUGCAGAUCAUCGCUUACUCUGACUCGACCACCGUGACAGUCUCUGUCCCUUGUGAAGGCUGCCCGCAGGAAGAGAACUUUGAAAGAAGGCUCACUGUCGAUAAGGGGAAGAUGGUGCAAGUUGAGCUCCCAAAUUUUGUGGAAAUCAUCGGCAGCAAAGUUUUCUCUAGCGUUGUCCAGAUCCAGUCAGACAAAGAUGUGUCGGUGGUGUCCUUGAGCUCCAAGCCUUACAGCACAGAAACUGCUCUGCUCUACCCUGUGAGCAGUUUAGGGACUGAGUAUUAUGUUGUGGGUCCUGCCAUAGGCCCUACAGGAUAUUUACAAGAGUUUGCUGUCUUAACCACCCAGGGACCGAAUGUGGUCAAUAUCCACCUGACGAGCCCAAUGACCUUCAAUGGGCAAACAUACACCGCAGGAAGUAAACUGAGUGUGACACUAAAUGCUUUCACUGGAGUCCAGUUGCAAGGAGUAGGUGAUCUCUCCGGCACUAGGAUUGUCUCUCAGCUACCAGUGGCUGUCCUGUCCGGCCAUGCCUGUUCGUGGAGGUACACUAAAUGCAACCAUGUCUUUGAGCAGCUCCUGCCCGUGUCCAACUGGGGGAAGACGUUUGUGGCCCCUCCUAUACCUUGGCAGACCAAAACUGACACCCUUUAUGUCUCAGCAUCCCAAGCCACCAUCCUGAACUACCAGAUGGGUACAUCAAAGCAGACGAUAAGCAUGGGAGGUGGGCAGAUCCAGCAGAUUCAGAUCUCACCCCAAACCCCAGUCUACCUCUCGGCCGAUGUUCCGGUACAGGUGCUCCUCUAUAGUAAUGGUGGGAGAACCCAGUCUUUUAGCUACGACACCUUCUUGAUAGGGAUUCCAGACAUCGAAAGUUACAGCCUCUCGUACAAUGUGAAUGGGCAGGUCGGUUUUCAGAACUCUAUUCUUUUGGUGGUGAAGAGUUCGGAGUUUGGUGGUCUCACGGUGAAUGAGAAUCUCCUGAGCGGAGUGAAGUGGAGUCCAGUUCCUGGCUCAGAGUACUCUUGGGGGAGCUAUGACCUGCCAGAUAUACUUAUGCCCUACAUAGUGGCAAACCCCCUGUCCCAUUUUUGCGUCAUCAGUGUGGGCAUUGCAGAUAUGAAUGGCUAUGGGUCGUGUGGUGCCGGCAGAGACCGUAAGUAGAAGGUUCCAAAGCUUAUCCAUGUGUUUGCUGUCUUUUUAUCCUGCUUUUAAGACAAGGAAUAAUAAUAAAAUACAUGAGGGCUCUGACAAAGAAAGGGAAGCAGAGGGAAAAGUUAGAAAGGGCAGAUUGGUUCUUCAAGGUAAGAGCAAGGUAGGGAGUUACAAGAGAGUGCUUAUAUCCAGUUCAGACCAGGCACAUCUUCCUUUGCUAGCAUUGGCAGCCAGAGUCCAUUGGGACUGGUGGAGACAGAAGGCAGAGAGGCCAAAAGUAGGUGGAGUUGAAACAAUGACAGGUGGGGCAAGCUAACUCGAGGUUAGUCCUCAUCCUUCUGGCUUCUGAGUUAUACAAAUGCUACACUGAGAGUAAGGCGGAAGGUGACACUCAGAGCCAUCCUCUGGACUAGAUGCAAUUAAGGAGGGAGGCAAGUGGAAGCUGGCUGAGGGCAGACUCAGGUUGGUGGGGCAAUGACCCUUGUGCCCCACUAGGUCAGCCUCCACUCUAGUGUUCUUUCUUCAAGAGCAGUUGAAGGCUCUUGUUCCUUCGGCCAAUGGUUGGGGUUAGGGUGUCUUUCUGUUCCAUUCUGCAGUUCCAGGACCACAGACAGGUAGAGCUGAGCACAGUGGUACCUUGGUUGUCGAAUGGCUUGUCUCCUGAACACAUCGUCUCCUGAAUGCCGCAAACCUGGAAGUAGGCGUUCCAGUCUGCAAACGUUUUUUGGAAGCCGAUCAUCUGACGCGGCUUCUGUGGCUUCCGAUUGAGUGCAGGAAGCUCCUGCAGCCUUGGUUUUCGAACGGUUCCAGGAGUCAAACGGAGUCCCAGAAUGGAUGAAGUUCGACAGCCAAGGUGCCACUGUAUGCUUUAAGGUAGGGAGGGGGGAAGCAAGCACCCGUUGCUUCUUUGGCUGAUUGAUGGGGCCAGGUUGGUCUUCCCCCUGCCUUGACUUUCUUCCUGGCAUGCAGGGGCUACAGCCUCUCAGUAGCCUCAGGACCCUUCUGUUACCAAUUUCCAGAAGACAACUCAAAAAACUUGUACCCUAUGUGGGGAUUUAUGCUGCAGAGAGUGGGAGGACAUUCAGAAGUGGGUAGCACCCCCCUCAGCACUGAAAUGGCUACACAUACAGCUGUGGGACCCCUGCUGCCAGUGCCAGGUUCAUGGGGGAGGGCAAUUCACUUGGGCUUCUAAUCUCAGUCAAUGCCCCCAUUCAGAGUAAGAGGGGAAAAAAAUGUCUUCUGUUUAAAUCAGGGAUGAGGAAUCUGUGUCCCACCAGGUGUCAUGGGCUCCAGUUCCCAUCAUGUCUGAUCAUUGGCCUUGCCUGUUAUGGUUGAUGGGACUUGGAGUCCAAAACCAUAUAGAGGGCCAAAGGUUCCCCAUUCCUAGUAUAAAUAACGCCGAGUCUCACUGAGCAGGAGCAGCACUAGGGGGCAAUGUGGUGCAGGUAUCAGUCAUUGAUUGUAGACCUAUAGUAAGAUUUAAGAGAUUUGACCCAAUUUGCUUGCAAUAAUUUUUAUUCUCCUCAUUUGUUUUAAAAAUAAUGCUCAUAAUUUUGAAAGCAACUGAGUUUAGGGAUAGUAGAUGAAGCGAUGUGCAAUACGGCAUCCAAGUUAAAAAGUUUCCAUUGUCGCGAUAAUAUUAAUCAGCAUGUUUAAUUUAAUAGUUUCAAGAUCUGAAAAAGUGUUUGAAACUAAAAAUAUGAAGCUAUGCUAAAUCUUCAAAGUGGUAGCAAAUUUUGUAUGAAUUCUAAUUGGUUCAGAGUACUGGCAAAUAACUUCCUCCCUCCUGUCCUUAGCUGAACCAGAACUCACCUGUAGCAGUGUGCUGUGCCGUAGAGGCAUGGUGUGCAAGAUGAUAAAUGGUCAACCGCACUGUGUGCCAUCCUCUAAUGCUACCUGCUGGGCAAUGGGUGACCCACACUACAACACUUUUGACGGACGCAAGUAUGACUUCCAAGGAACUUGCACCUACACUUUUGUCAAGACACGUGCUGAAACCUUUGGACUCCCAUCUUUCCAUAUAUUUGCCAAGAAUGAAAACCGGGGGAACAAAGCAGUGUCCUAUGUGACCGUGGUGACAACUGAGGUUUAUGGGUAUACCAUCACCAUGACCAGAUCAGAAAUUGGUUUUGUACAGGUGAGUGAUGAUCGAUUCAGAGUUGAUUCAGAAGGCAGGUUCAAUGCCACUUACGAGUCCAUGACGGCCAUGUGAGCUGAUAGUUACUGCACAUCUUCAAGGUGUAAAACAAAAGACUGGUGACAUUUUUAGACCCUACCAUCUUGACCUAUGAGACAUCUUUACAUAUAAGCCACCAGCAAAUUUGUACCUGGCAUUGCUAGGGAAGCAGAAGAAACCAAAGGAUCAGUGCAGCUUCUAAAGGUUCCUUCCAUGAUUCAAAAUGCCAGCCACUCAUAUCCAAAGAAAGAGGAAAACCUGCUCAUGGAUCUGAGGAACAAACAUGUCCAAUUUGGUUCAAAUCCAUGCAGUUUUUUAAGGUUCAUGGCAUCCAGAUGGUGUCCAAUCGUAUCCAAAAACAGCCAAAACUUGUAGCCCAAUAGAUGGAGAAUCAGGCUUAGCUUAGUUUAGUUUAGAUUCUGCUGCUACACAUGAGCAAAUGUCUUUCCCUCUCAUGUCUUUCUUCCUCUGUAAUACAGGUCAAUGGUAUCCGGGCACACUUGCCCAUUUAUCUGAAGGAUGGGAACUUGCAAAUUUUGCAGGUUGGCACCUCUGUCAUACUUUCCACUGACUUCCAGCUGAAGGUAUCGUACGACUGGAGUCACCAUCUCCGCGUCACCAUCAGCAGUGCUUAUCAGGAGGCUGUUGGUGGCCUAUGUGGGAAUUAUAACGAGAAUCCCAGCGAUGACUUUGAAACCCCUGCAGGCACCACAGCCCCUAACAUCCCGGCCUUUGGUGAAAGCUGGGAGGUGACGACUGUUGGCAGCCUUUGCUGGCAUGAUUGCAAUGGGCCAUGUAAGCCUUGCGAAUCUGAUCAGGCCCAGAAGUAUGAGUCAGAGGCCUACUGUGGUCUGCUAACCAAGGUUUCCAAUGGCCCCUUUGCUUCUUGCCAUGCCAAGGUGCCCCCCACAAUCUACUUUACAAAUUGUGUGUUUGACGUCUGCUCCACGGAAGGCAACAAACAGUCCUUGUGUGAUGCCCUGGCAGCCUAUGCCGAUGCCUGCCAGAGCGAGGGAGCCCAAAUUGGUGACUGGAGAAGGGACUCUGGAUGCUGUGAGUAUGCAAAGCACGGAAAAGAAGGGGAUGAACUAACUGAAGGGGCCUUGUUUCAGAUGGGAGUCUUAAAGGUGAGCGGUCUCCUAAAUAACAAGCCACCGUUCCCAGGAUUCUCUGGGGGAAAUCAUAAUUCUUAAAGUGGUCUAAAAGUGCUAUGAAUGCAUAGUGGGGAUGUGAUCCAAUAUAAAUGCACAGUAGUGCACUCAGUGUAGGAACUGGGUGGCAGGGCAGAAGACCAGGCUCUCAUUCUCAAGAUUUGUAUUAGGAAUCCACCUGCUGUGUUAGUCCAUGUUGCCAGUAGGGUCAAUAUAACAUCACCACUGUGACCCACCCAACCCCUUCUCUUCCCUACAGAUCUGGAGUGCCCUCCGAACAGCCAGUACCAAAUCUGCGGAACAGCCUGCCCAGCCACCUGCAUGGAUGACCAAAUUCAAGGGCCAAAGCUCUGCCCAGCUGUGUGUGUCGAAGGCUGCCAGUGCCUUGAGGGUUUUGUGCUGAGCCAAGGAUCAUGCAUCCCCAAGAGCAGCUGCGGUUGUCUGUAUGAAGGGCGCCCCUAUGCCCCCAAUGAGGCUUUCUGGGCGGAUGACAUGUGCCAGAAGCGUUGUGUGUGCAACCCGACCAGGAGGGUGGUGGAGUGUGCAGCUAGUGCUUGCAAACCAACGGAACGGUGCCAAGUGGUCAAAGGCGUGCGGGGAUGCUAUCCGACUGGGAACAGCACCUGCUCUGCAUCCGGGGAUCCCCACUACUUGAGCUUUGACAAAAAGAGAUUUGAUUUCCAAGGGCCCUGUGCCUAUGUGCUUGCUGAGGUUUUCAACGGACCCUUGGAACUGGAAGGGUUCAGCGUCUAUGUUCAGAAUGAAUACCGGGGAAAUACUGCUGUGACCUGGACCCGGAGUGUUCAAGUCAACGUGUAUGAUGUUGAGAUUAUAGUCAGCAGGCAAUAUUCUGGCAAAGUCUUGGUAAGUCUGGCUAACAUUGGGAUAUCAUUAUGAUAGUGAUUAGUCCCCUCUGGUGCCAUUUGCAGAGGACUGUUGUGUUGUGGCCACUGUCCGCUGGCUGAGAGCCAAUGAAAACUAAUUCUGACCACAUCCUCCUCCCUAUUAAGUUGUGGAAGGACCACACUGGGGCAUAUACCAGUGGGAGUUUGGCUUUCCAACCAGGCAAGAGCACUCAAGGGGGGUGCAAAUCGGGGGCUGAGUGUGUGAACGCAGAAAGGUCAAAGGUGUCAGAUAGUGACUUGCGCGGCCACACUAGACCCCUGGACUGGAGUUUGCCACACCUCCUGUUGAGAUGAUGGGGGUGGGAAACAAGAGCCCCAAAUAUCCUUUUCAUUUUUUCAACAGCAGCAUCUUCUCCUGUCUUCCUAGGUCGAAGGCUUGCUCACCUUCCUUCCCUAUAGUGCAGCUGGAGGAAGAAUCAAGUUAUAUAGGAGGGGCCAGGAUGCUGUGAUUGAGACUAACUUUGGCCUCGUGGUGACCUUUAACUGGGACAGCAAGGUGUCAGUCACGGUGCCCAACACCUAUGCCGACAUCCUGCGUGGCCUGUGUGGAAACUUCAACGGGAACCCUGAAGAUGAUGCCCUUGUGCCUGGGAGCAUUCUCAUUCCCGAUAGGCCAGUAUUUGGCGGCAGUGGAAUUGAGAACAUUGACCCAAAAUGCAAGGAGAUAGUGGACCCCAAAUGCCCAGGGAUGGAAGAAUUAGCUGCCCAGCAGCGUGCAGCGGGCCAGGAAUGUGGGCUUAUUCUGGCCAAGGAUGGGCCCUUCCGGGAGUGCCACGGCCAGGUUGACGAAGAGGGCGCCUUCCAAGAUUGCAUCUACGACUAUUGUUUCUACAAGGGACGCUAUGCCUUCAUGUGCGCGGCCAUCGCCAGCUAUGCCGCAGACUGCCGAGCUGUUGGGGUCACCAUAUACCCCUGGAGGUCUGCAACCUUCUGCCGUGAGUGCUCCAUUGUUUGAAGCAGUUCCUGCUAGGAAGGUCAAGUUCAUUUCCAGCAGGGUCUAGGGGCAGAUAAUGAGAGGAGGGAACAGUGCAGAUAAAAGAACAGUUUAGAAAUAGGGAGAAGGAAUGAGAGAAGAAAGAGGUAACUCUCCAAGCCCACCAGACAGUCUUUCAUCAUCUCCCUUCUAUGUUUCCCUUUUAACAAAGAAAUCACUCUCAAAUUGUCUAUAUAAACGCACACACUGACACGUUUAGUCAAAUAUAUGUCUUGCCCAGGCUACAGGGCUUUAGGCAGAUCCAGGCAACCAUCCUUUAAAGUUGCAAAAGUUCAUAGUCCAAUUCAAAAUACAGUGUGCUCUCUGCUGGAAAAGUGUGACAGGAAGAAGAAGAUUCCACUUUCGAUUGUUCCCCUCCUGCCAGAAAAGGUGAGAGAAUAUGAUAUCAUACCAUCCCCUGUUUGUGACUCUAGCAACCAUGCACCUGUGAUGUGGCUGCACAUCGAUCCUCUCUUAGCAGUGAUGGCAGGAUGUGUAGGGAGCAAGGCAGGGAGCUCAAGAGUAGUUGGAGCCAGAAACAAUGAGAAACAGAGACAACAAAUUCUAGUUUUCUCCCCAUCCUCCUCCUUGCAGGGUUUUACGGGGCAACACAAAGACUUAGGGGAAGGAAGCUGGCAGCUAUUGCCACCCACUGCACUGGUUGGAAGUAAGAAAGCACUCAGGUGGGGCUGUGUAAAGCCAGGCCGAGUUUGGUGGGGCAGGUCCACAUUGUCCCGAAUGGACCAGCCUCUACUGCUUUGUAGAUGCAAGAUUUGCACGAGACCACUAAAGCAUAACAUUGGCUAAUCUCUCUGUUUUGCACUUGCAGCCCUACCCUGUCCGCUCAACAGUCACUAUGAACAUUGCGCCAAGGCCUGUGACCAGACCUGCAGCAGCCUGCAUGUCCCGCCUCGAUGCCCGGAGAAGUGCGAGGAGGGCUGUGUGUGCAAUGAGGGCUUCGUCAGGAGUUCUGACACUUGCGUCCCUAUGUCUGAGUGUGGCUGCUUCUACAAGGGACGCUACUAUCCAGCCUUGGAAGAUUUCUAUCCAACUUGCGAGGAACGUUGCAGGUGCCAGGCUGGUGGAAACGUGCUGUGUGUUACCGCUCCCUGCACCCCCAAUGAAGAAUGCAAAACGGUGGAAGGGUACCGCAAGUGCCACGCAGUUGGAAACGCCACCUGCUCGGUGGUUGGUGACCUCUAUCUGACCUUUGAUGGCCGAAUCAUUAACUUCCAGGGCACCUGCACCUACGUCUUAACCAAGCUGCAGAAGCCAACCCAGAGCUUGAAACCCUUAGCUGUUAUUGUCAAGAGUGAGCCUUGGGGCAAUGGGGAGAUCACACUUCCCACGAUGGUCUAUGUGGAGGUCCUUGACAGGCAACUUGUUUUGCUGAGGAACAACUGGGGAGUAGUGCUGGUGAGUCUCUUCAUGCUGCUAAAUCGACAAGCUUGGUGGGGUGGGCGUUCAUCUCCUACUCACUCUGUAACCAGGAUCAGGCCACCCGCUAAUCAUCCUGAGAUAUUUGCCUAUGGGUUAGAAGAUUGUUUUGGAGAUGAUUUGCUCAUCAUCCUUCUUUUAGGGCCAGAGUAGAAGCAGUAGUUUUCACACACAUAACUACUGUGUGAAUGGUUCUAAGAAGUCAAUUGCAGACUCGGUAGCAUGAUGAGUGAGUAUGUGCAGUAGGGAAGCCUUACACAUCAUCACCAUCACCCCCACACACUGCUAAACUUUCAAAUCUGAAUCAUCCCCUCCCUGUGUUUGCUCCUUGCAUUGGAAAAGAGAUCCCAUUUGAGUGAAUGGAAGCUUUCCUUCUCUAGCCCAACAGAAAUAGCAGCUGCAGAUGACCCAUCCUGUUUCGGGACUAUGACAAAGCGCAAAAAUGUUAAAGACCCUACCUCUCUUGCCGAGGUCCAUUCCAUGUGAGCUUGCAAUAUAUUUUUCAGUCCCCAGCUGUUAAUUGUGUGAAUGGCAUCUUGGCUAAAUAAUAAUAAUAAUAAUAAUAAUAAUAAUAAUAAUAAUAAUUUAUUAUUUAUACCCCGCCCAUCUGGCUGGGCUUCCCCAGCCAUUCUGGGCGGCUUCCAAACAAUAUUAAAAUACAUCAAACAUUAAAAGCUUCCCUAAAUAGGGCUGCCUUCAGAUGUCUUCUAAAAGCCUGGUAGUUGUUGUUCUCUUUGACAUCUGGUGGGAGGGUGUUCCACAGGGAAGGCGCCACUACCGAGAAGGCCCUCUGCCUGGUUCCCUGUAACUUGGCUUCUCGCAGUGAGGGAACCGCCAGAAGGCCCUCGGUGCUGGACCUCAGUGUCCGGGUAGAACGAUGGGGGUGGAGACGCUCCUUCAGAUAUAUUGGCCCUUAUUCUGCAUAGCACACCCUACUCAGUAGGCUAAUCCCCUUUAUUUUUCCAGGUGGAUGGAGUAUUGCAACGCCUCCCUGUGAAUCUUUUGUCUGGGCAUCUCAGAAUCUUUCAGCAUGGGAUCAGUAUCACAAUAGACUCCACCUUUGGCUUUGCACUGACCUACGACCUGCAUUCCCACGUGAGGGUCACUAUUCCCAGCAUCUACCAGGACUACGUAGGCGGCUUGUGUGGGAACUACAAUGGAGACCAGAGUGACGAUCUUCAGCUCCCUGAUGGCACCGUGGUCACUGAUGAGAAUGAAUUUGGUGCCGCCGGGAAAAUUCCAGUUGUUGGCGUACCCUGCACGGAUGGGUGUGGUGCAGACGGCUGCUCAGUUUGUGAGGAGGAGAAGAAAGAAGCUUUCAAACAGCCGAGCUCCUGUGGGCUCCUCACUGCAUCCAAUGGUCCAUUCAGUGCAUGCCAUGCCAUAGUGAACCCCAAGCCAUAUCUGGACAACUGCAUCAAUGACCUGUGUGUAGGAGGUGGUGACCAACAGAUCCUGUGCCAGAGCCUCCAGAGCUACAUGAAAGCCUGCCAGGAGGCCAGGGUCACUAUUGAGCCUUGGAGAAGCGCAACCUUCUGCCGUGAGUACCAAGAGAACCUUGAUUCUGCUUUCCCUUCUUUCCAGUGGUGGUUGGUACCCACUGAGACAGGCAAGGCACAAGGAAAGGAGACUACCAGUAAGUGGUGCCUGGGGCAAUGAAGGGCAGAGCCAUUGCCGACUUGUUGUAAGUAAAAAGGUGUUGUAAGCAAGCAAGGACCACUUGGGGGCUGACUGAGGUUGUUGGGCUAGCUUCUCAUCAUCUCUAACGCAUCAACCUCCAUUGCUUCCUUCCACUUGUCCAAGGGGUAAAUCUCAUUGGUCCUGUGACCUGGUCUUUUUGUUGACUAGCAUUGCUCUGGCCAGCAUCACAUAUGCCCAUCCAAAGCAGGCAGGUUUAAUUCUGCUGCUUCUGCUAUAUGAGGGACCCCCCGAUUAACCCUCUGUGUCCCUUUUCUUGCAGCCGUGACUUGCCCUGCCAACAGUUAUUAUACCACUUGUUCCAACAUCUGUGAAACCCAGUGUGCUGGACUGACUGACCACAUUCGAUGCCCGGAAUACUGUGUCGAGGGCUGCCAGUGUGAUCCUGGCUUCUUCUUUGAUGGCCUCAAAUGCAUCUCCUUGGAUGAGUGUGGCUGCUUUGAGCGUGGCAGAUAUUUCCCGGUAUGUGGAGAGGGAGGCAGUGGUGGUGAUGGGGAUAGUAUUGGAUUGCCUAUACACAACCCUUUUGGUCAGCCAUCUCUGGUUAAACUAUGGAAUUCACUCCCACAAGAGGCAGUGGUGGCUACUAACUUGAAUGGUUGUGAAAGAGGAUUAGAAAUAUUUCUGGAACAGAAAUCUAUCCAUGGCUAUUAAUCACAAUGGCUAGGUUCUAUCUCUGCUGCUGGAGCAAGAAUGUUGUUGUACUCAGCUCUGGCUUGCAAACUUCCUAUAGGGCUUCUUGUUGGCCACUGUGAGAACAGAAUUCUGGUCUCGAUGCCCAGUGGCCAGAUCAAGCCUGGCUAGUCUUACAUUUUCAAUGGUGGUUUCCUUUACUAUGGAAAUCUUUUUUCCCCAAGUGGUCCUAGGCUGUGUUCUCUGACCCUUUCCCCCUGUAUACCAGUGUUAUCUCUUGAUCCCUAGCCUAAUGAACCUGUGGUGCUCAAUGACUGCAAGGAGAAAUGCAUCUGCACUGCAGCUGGAGGGUUCAGGUGUGAGGCCAUCACUUGCCAAGGAGAAGAAACUUGCGAGGUGAUCGAUGGCGUCAUGCAAUGCCACAAGAAAGGUGACUUGUGAUGAUUACUUUUCUCCAUGAACAGAGGGAUUUUUGGAUUCCCUGUAUUCUCUUGGAUUCCUGCGAAAUAGGCAAGGAGUGCUGGGCAUUAUGAAUUCAGCCCUCCACUGGUGGCAAUGGGCACUUCCUUUGAAAUGUAAAAAGCACUUUCAGAGAGGCAGUAUUUGUCAACACUGUAGCAGCACAUAGAGACAGAAUUGAACAUUCCCUCCCCACGGUUCCAAAACUGUGUUGGCCUCCUCAAUGCUGCUGUGAAGGGAACAGUGAUUCAUUGUAAUCUUAUAGCAAGUUGUGAGAGAUGUGACUCCCUCAUCUGUUUGCUUGCAGAAUUUUUAAAUUAUUAUUCUCUUCUUUCAUUUUUAAAGUAGGGUUUCCAAUUUUGAAUCCCUGGAUUUAGGGAUAUUAGAUGCAAUAGUGUAUCAGAAGUUAGAAACCUGAUAUUCUUUCAAUAAUAUUAAUAAUGAUGACGUAGGAAGCUUUCCUUCAACUCCAAUAGGUUUACAGGCAACUAACUUUCUCCCUCCUGUCCUUAGUUGUACCACCACCCAGCUGUACCAUUGUAAAGUGCCGAAGAGGCAUGGUGUGCAAGAUGAUAAAUGGUCAACCGCACUGUGUGCCAUCCUCUAAUGGUACCUGCUGGGGUAUGGGUGACCCGCACUACAACACUUUUGACGGACGCAAGUAUGACUUCCAAGGCACUUGCACCUAUACUAUUGUCAAAACACGUGCUGAAAGCUUCAGACUUCCAUCUUUCCAUAUCUUUGCCAAGAAUGAAAACCGGGGGAACAAAGCAGUGUCCUAUGUGACCGUGGUGACAACUGAGGUUUAUGGGUAUACCAUCACCAUGACCAGAUCAGAAAUUGGUUUUGUACAGGUGAGUGAUGAUCGAUUCAGAGUUGAUUCAGAAGGCAAGUUCAGUGCCACUUACGAGUCCAUGACGGCCAUGUGAGCUGAUGGUUACUGCACAUGUUCAAGUUGUAAAACAAAAGACUGGUGACAUUUUUAGCCCCUGCCAUCUUGACCUAUGAGACAUCUUUACAUAUAAGCCACCAGCAAAUUUGUACCAGGCAUUGCUAGGGAAGCAGAAGAAACCAAAGGAUCAGUGCAGCUUCUAAAGGUUCCUUCCAUGAUUCAAAAUGCCAGCCACUCAUAUCCAAAGAAAGAGGAAAACCUGCUCAUGGAUCUGAGGAACAAACAUGUCCAAUUUGGUUCAAAUCCAUGCAGUUUUUUAAGGUUCGUGGCAUCCAGAUGGUGUCCAAUCGUAUCCAAAGACAGCCAAAACCUGUAGUCCAAUAGAAGCUUAGCUUAGUUUAGCUUCUGCUGCUACACAUGAGCAAAAGGUGAUUUUACCCUCUUGUGUCUUUCUUCCUCUGUAAUACAGGUCAAUGGUAUCCGGGCACACUUGCCCAUUUAUCUGAAGGAUGGGAACUUGCAAAUUUUGCAGGUUGGCACCUCUGUCAUACUUUCCACUGACUUCCAGCUGAAGGUAUCGUACGACUGGAGUCACCAUCUCCGCGUCACCAUCAGCAGUGCUUAUCAGGAGGCUGUCGGUGGCCUAUGUGGGAAUUAUAACGAGAAUCCCAGCGAUGACUUUGAAACCCCUGCAGGCACCACAGCCCCUAACAUCCCGGCCUUUGGUGAAAGCUGGGAGGUGACGACUAUUGGCAGCCUUUGCUGGCAUGAUUGCAAUGGGCCAUGUAAGCCUUGCGAAUCUGAUCAGGCCCAGAAGUAUGAGUCAGAGGCCUACUGUGGUCUGCUAACCAAGGUUUCCAAUGGCCCCUUUGCUUUUUGCCAUGCCAAGGUGCCCCCCACAAUCUACUUUACAAAUUGUGUGUUUGACGUCUGCUCCACGGAAGGCAACAAACAGUCCUUGUGUGAUGCCCUGGCAGCCUAUGCCGAUGCCUGCCAGAGCGAGGGAGCCCAAAUUGGUGACUGGAGAAGGGACUCUGGAUGCUGUGAGUAUGCAAAGCACGGAAAAGAAGGGGAUGAACUAACUGAAGGGGGCCUUGUUUCAGAUGGGAGUCUUAAAGGUGAGCGGUCUCCUAAAUAACAAGCCACCGUUCCCAGGAUUCUCUGGGGGAAAUCAUAAUUCUUAAAGUGGUCUAAAAGUGCUAUGAAUGCAUAGUGGGGAUGUGAUCCAAUAUAAAUGCACAGUAGUGCACUCAGUGUAGGAACUGGGUGACAGGGCAGAAGACCAGGCUCUCAUUCUCAAGAUUUGUAUUAGGAAUCCACCUGCUGUGUUAGUCCAUGUUGCCAGUAGGGUCAAUAUAACAUCACCACUGUGACCCACCCAACCCCUUCUCUUCCCUACAGAUCUGGAGUGCCCUCCGAACAGCCAGUACCAAAUCUGCGGAACAGCCUGCCCAGCCACCUGCAUGGAUGACCAAAUUCAAGGGCCAAAGCUCUGCCCAGCUGUGUGUGUCGAAGGCUGCCAGUGCCUUGAGGGUUUGUGCUGAGCCAAGGAUCAUGCAUCCCCAAGAGCAGCUGCGGUUGUCUGUAUGAAGGGCGCCCUAUGCCCCCAAUGAGGCUUUCUGGGCGGAUGACAUGUGCCAGAAGCGUUGUGUGUGCAACCCGACCAGGAGGGUGGUGGAGUGUGCAGCUAGUGCUUGCAAACCAACGGAACGGUGCCAAGUGGUCAAAGGCGUGCGGGGAUGCUAUCCGACUGGGAACAGCACCUGCUCUGCAUCCGGGGAUCCCCACUACUUGAGCUUUGACAAAAGAGAUUUGAUUUCCAAGGGCCCUGUGCCUAUGUGCUUGCUGAGGUUUUCAACGGACCCUUGGAACUGGAAGGGUUCAGCGUCUAUGUUCAGAAUGAAUACCGGGGAAAUACUGCUGUGACCUGGACCCGGAGUGUUCAAGUCAACGUGUAUGAUGUUGAGAUUAUAGUCAGCAGGCAAUAUUCUGGCAAAGUCUUGGUAAGUCUGGCUAACAUUGGGAUAUCCUUAUGAUAGUGAUUAGUCCCCUCUGGUGCCAUUUGCAGAGGACUGUUGUGUUGUGGCCACUGUCCGCUGGCUGAGAGCCAAUGAAAACUAAUUCUGACCACAUCCUCCUCCCUAUUAAGUUGUGGAAGGACCACACUGGGGCAUAUACCAGUGGGAGUUUGGCUUUCCAACCAGGCAAGAGCACUCAAGGGGGGUGCAAAUCGGGGGCUGAGUGUGUGAACGCAGAAAGGUCAAAGGUGUCAGAUAGUGACUUGCGCGGCCACACUAGACCCCUGGACUGGAGUUUGCCACACCUCCUGUUGAGAUGAUGGGGGUGGGAAACAAGAGCCCCAAAUAUCCUUUUCAUUUUUUCAACAGCAGCAUCUUCUCCUGUCUUCCUAGGUCGAAGGCUUGCUCACCUUCCUUCCCUAUAGUGCAGCUGGAGGAAGAAUCAAGUUAUAUAGGAGGGGCCAGGAUGCUGUGAUUGAGACUAACUUUGGCCUCGUGGUGACCUUUAACUGGGACAGCAAGGUGUCAGUCACGGUGCCCAACACCUAUGCCGACAUCCUGCGUGGCCUGUGUGGAAACUUCAACGGGAACCCUGAAGAUGAUGCCCUUGUGCCUGGGAGCAUUCUCAUUCCCGAUAGGCCAGUAUUUGGCGGCAGUGGAAUUGAGAACAUUGACCCAAAAUGCAAGGAGAUAGUGGACCCCAAAUGCCCAGGGAUGGAAGAAUUAGCUGCCCAGCAGCGUGCAGCGGGCCAGGAAUGUGGGCUUAUUCUGGCCAAGGAUGGGCCCUUCCGGGAGUGCCACGGCCAGGUUGACGAAGAGGGCGCCUUCCAAGAUUGCAUCUACGACUAUUGUUUCUACAAGGGACGCUAUGCCUUCAUGUGCGCGGCCAUCGCCAGCUAUGCCGCAGACUGCCGAGCUGUUGGGGUCACCAUAUACCCCUGGAGGUCUGCAACCUUCUGCCGUGAGUGCUCCAUUGUUUGAAGCAGUUCCUGCUAGGAAGGUCAAGUUCAUUUCCAGCAGGGUCUAGGGGCAGAUAAUGAGAGGAGGGAACAGUGCAGAUAAAAGAGCAGUUUAGAAAUAGGGAGAAGGAAUGAGAGAAGAAAGAGGUAACUCUCCAAGCCCACCAGACAGUCUUUCAUCAUCUCCUUUCUAUGUUUCCCUUUUAACAAAGAAAUCACUCUCAAAUUGUCUAUAUAAACGCACACACUGACAUGUUUAGUCAAAUAUAUGUCUUGCCCAGGCUACAGGGCUUUAGGCAGAUCCAGGCAACCAUCCUUUAAAGUUGCAAAAGUUCAUAGUCCAAUUCAAAAUACAGUGUGCUCUCUGCUGGAAAAGUGUGACAGGAAGAAGAAGAUUCCACUUUCGAUUGUUCCCCCUCCUGCCAGAAAAGGUGAGAGAAUAUGAUAUCAUACCAUCCCCUGUUUGUGACUCUAGCAACCAUGCACCUGUGAUGUGGCUGCACAUCGAUCCUCUCUUAGCAGUGAUGGCAGGAUGUGUAGGGAGCAAGGCAGGGAGCUCAAGAGUAGUUGGAGCCAGAAACAAUGAGAAACAGAGACAACAAAUUCUAGUUUUCUCCCCAUCCUCCUCCUUGCAACACAAAGACUUAGGGGAAGGAAGCUGGCAGCUAUUGCCACCCACUGCACUGGUUGGAAGUAAGAAAGCACUCAGGUGGGGCUGUGUAAAGCCAGGCCGAGUUUGGUGGGGCAGGUCCACAUUGUCCCGAAUGGACCAGCCUCUACUGCUUUGUAGAUGCAAGAUUUGCACGAGACCACUAAAGCAUAACAUUGGCUAAUCUCUCUGUUUUGCACUUGCAGCCCUACCCUGUCCGCUCAACAGUCACUAUGAACAUUGCGCCAAGGCCUGUGACCAGACCUGCAGCAGCCUGCAUGUCCCGCCUCGAUGCCCGGAGAAGUGCGAGGAGGGCUGUGUGUGCAAUGAGGGCUUCGUCAGGAGUUCUGACACUUGCGUCCCUAUGUCUGAGUGUGGCUGCUUCUACAAGGGACGCUACUAUCCAGCCUUGGAAGAUUUCUAUCCAACUUGCGAGGAACGUUGCAGGUGCCAGGCUGGUGGAAACGUGCUGUGUGUUACCGCUCCCUGCACCCCCAAUGAAGAAUGCAAAGCGGUGGAAGGGUACCGCAAGUGCCACGCAGUUGGAAACGCCACCUGCUCGGUGGUUGGUGACCUCUAUCUGACCUUUGAUGGCCGAAUCAUUAACUUCCAGGGCACCUGCACCUACGUCUUAACCAAGCUGCAGAAGCCAACCCAGAGCUUGAAACCCUUAGCUGUUAUUGUCAAGAGUGAGCCUUGGGGCAAUGGGGAGAUCUCACUUCCCACGAUGGUCUAUGUGGAGGUCCUUGACAGGCAACUUGUUUUGCUGAGGAACAACUGGGGAGUAGUGCUGGUGAGUCUCUUCAUGCUGCUAAAUCGACAAGCUUGGUGGGGUGGGCGUUCAUCUCCUACUCACUCUGUAACCAGGAUCAGGCCACCCGCUAAUCAUCCUGAGAUAUUUGCCUAUGGGUUAGAAGAUUGUUUUGGAGAUGAUUUGCUCAUCAUCCUUCUUUUAGGGCCAGAGUAGAAGCAGUAGUUUUCACACACAUAACUACUGUGUGAAUGGUUCUAAGAAGUCAAUUGCAGGCUCGGUAGCAUGAUGGGUGAGUAUGUGCAGUAGGGAAGCCUUACACAUCAUCACCAUCACCCCCACACACUGCUAAACUUUCAAAUCUGAAUCAUCCCCUCCCUGUGUUUGCUCCUUGCAUUGGAAAAGAGAUCCCAUUUGAGUGAAUGGAAGCUUUCCUUCUCUAGCCCAACAGAAAUAGCAGCUGCAGAUGACCCAUCCUGUUUCGGGACUAUGACAAAGCGCAAAAAUGUUAAAGACCCUACCUCUCUUGCCGAGGUCCAUUCCAUGUGAGCUUGCAAUAUAUUUUUCAGUCCCCAGCUGUUAAUUGUGUGAAUGGCAUCUUGGCUAAAUAAUAAUAAUAAUAAUAAUAAUAAUAAUAAUAAUAAUAAUUUAUUAUUUAUACCCCGCCCAUCUGGCUGGGCUUCCCCAGCCAUUCUGGGCGGCUUCCAAAAGAAUAUUAAAAUACAUCAAACAUUAAAAGCUUCCCUAAAUAGGGCUGCCUUCAGAUGUCUUCUAAAAGCCUGGUAGUUGUUGUUCUCUUUGACAUCUGGUGGGAGGGUGUUCCACAGGGAAGGCGCCACUACCGAGAAGGCCCUCUGCCUGGUUCCCUGUAACUUGGCUUCUCGCAGUGAGGGAACCGCCAGAAGGCCCUCGGUGCUGGACCUCAGUGUCCGGGUAGAACGAUGGGGGUGGAGACGCUCCUUCAGAUAUAUUGGCCCUUAUUCUGCAUAGCACACCCUACUCAGUAGGCUAAUCCCCUUUAUUUUUCCAGGUGGAUGGAGUAUUGCAACGCCUCCCUGUGAAUCUUUUGUCUGGGCAUCUCAGAAUCUUUCAGCAUGGGAUCAGUAUCACAAUAGACUCCACCUUUGGCUUUGCACUGACCUAUGACCUGCAUUCCCACGUGAGGGUCACUAUUCCCAGCAUCUACCAGGACUACGUAGGCGGCUUGUGUGGGAACUACAAUGGAGACCAGAGUGACGAUCUUCAGCUCCCUAAUGGCACCGUGGUCACUGAUGAGAAUGAAUUUGGUGCCGCCUGGAAAAUUCCAGUUGUUGGCGUACCCUGCACGGAUGGGUGUGGUGCAGAGGGCUGCUCAGUUUGUGAGGAGGAGAAGAAAGAAGCUUUCAAACAGCCGAGCUCCUGUGGGCUCCUCACUGCAUCCAAUGGUCCAUUCAGUGCAUGCCAUGCCAUAGUGAACCCCGAGCCAUAUCUGGACAACUGCAUCAAUGACCUGUGUGUAGGAGGUGGUGACCAACAGAUCCUGUGCCAGAGCCUCCAGAGCUACAUGAAAGCCUGCCAGGAGGCCAGGGUCACUAUUGAGCCUUGGAGAAGCGCAACCUUCUGCCGUGAGUACCAAGAGAACCUUGAUUCUGCUUUCCUUCUUUCCAGUGGUGGUUGGUACCCACUGAGACAGGCAAGGCACAAGGAAAGGAGACUACCAGUAAGUGGUGCCUGGGGCAAUGAAGGGCAGAGCCAUUGCCGACUUGUUGUAAGUAAAAAGGUGUUGUAAGCAAGCAAGGACCACUUGGGGGCUGACUGAGGUUGUUGGGCUAGCUUCUCAUCAUCUCUAACGCAUCAACCUCCAUUGCUUCCUUCCACUUGUCCAAGGGGUAAAUCUCAUUGGUCCUGUGACCUGGUCUUUUUGUUGACUAGCAUUGCUCUGGCCAGCAUCACAUAUGCCCAUCCAAAGCAGGCAGGUUUAAUUCUGCUGCUUCUGCUAUAUGAGGGACCCCCCGAUUAACCCUCUGUGUCCCUUUUCUUGCAGCCGUGACUUGCCCUGCCAACAGUUAUUAUACCACUUGUUCCAACAUCUGUGAAACCCAGUGUGCUGGACUGACUGACCACAUUCGAUGCCCGGAAUACUGUGUCGAGGGCUGCCAGUGUGAUCCUGGCUUCUUCUUUGAUGGCCUCAAAUGCAUCUCCUUGGAUGAGUGUGGCUGCUUUGAGCGUGGCAGAUAUUUCCCGGUAUGUGGAGAGGGAGGCAGUGGUGGUGAUGGGGAUAGUAUUGGAUUGCCUAUACACAACCCUUUUGGUCAGCCAUCUCUGGUUAAAUUAUGGAAUUCACUCUCACAAGAGGCAGUGAUGACCACUAACUUGAAUGGUUGUGAAAGAGGAUUAGACAUAUUUCCGGAUCAGAAAUCUAUCCAUGGCUAUUAAUCGCAAUGGCUAGGUUCUAUCUCUGCUGCUGGAGCAAGAAUGUUGUUGUACUCAGAUUCGGCUUGCAGACUUCCUAUAGGGCUUCUUGUUGGCCACCAUGGGAACAGAAUUCUGGUCUCGAUGCCCAGUGGCCAGAUCAAGUCCAGCUCGUCUUAAGUUUUCAGUGAUGGUUUCCUUUACUACGAAAAUCUUUCUUUUCCUAGUGGUCCUAGGCUGUGUUCUCUGACCCUUUCCCCCUGUAUACCAGUGUUAUCUCUUGAUCCCUAGCCUAAUGAACCUGUGGUGCUCAAUGACUGCAAGGAGAAAUGCAUCUGCUCUGCAGUUGGAGGGUUCAGGUGUGAGGCCAUCACUUGCCAAGGAGAAGAAACUUGCGAGGUGAUCGAUGGCGUCAUGCAAUGCCACAGGAAAGGUGACUUGUGAUGAUUACUUGUUCUUGUGAACAGAGGGGUAAACACUGUUGGAUUCUCUUUAUUUUCUUGGGUUCCUUACUGACAGGGCAUUAUAGAUUCAGCCCUCCAUUGGUGCCAAUGGGAACUUCCUUUGAAAUUUCAAAAAAGCAUUUUUCAAGGUCGUUCAGUCCCCAGCAACUCCAGGUCAACUGUGAAAUGUCCCUUGCCUGAAAUCUUAGAAUGCCACUGCCCGUGAGCAUAGACAACAUAUUGCUAGAUGGACCAAUGGCUCUGACUAUUGCAGUUUCCAAUGUUUCUAAGUAGGGAGUCACAGUUCACAGUGCCACAAUAAACGGUUAUUUACAAAAUAGAAAAGGCUUCAAGGGGAGCAACAAAGAUUAUAAAAAGUCUUAUCUAGAAAGUCUAAAAGAACUGGUUAUGUUGAAUCUAGUAAAGAGAAAACUAAGGAGGAAGCAGAUCUCUUAAACUACUAGUUCCAAAUCUUCCACAUAGAAGAGGGCAAUGUCCUGGUUUCAUCCUGCCCCAGAAGGCUUAGGCUUUUGAAAUUCCAUACACUUCAGGUUGUAUAUUUUUAAACUUAUCUUCCCAACAGAGUCCCGCUGCUCCCUGAUGCCUGGAGCUCAGCUAUCCACCUUUGAUGGCCUUUCUGGGAAAGUCCCUGCUCCUGGCACCUUUCAACUGACUUCCCUUUGUGACUUCAACUCUGAUUAUUGGUUCCGUGUGAUUGUGGAAGUUUCGUCAUGUCCACCCAAUGGAGUAGUCACUGCCAACUUGCUCUAUUUCUUCUACAAGGGUCUAUUUAUUACUGUGAAUAGACAGAAGGAGGCCUGGGUAAGUAGAAAGCUGAACAAGAAAGGGAGAAGUUUUACUUAUGUGUUAAAAUAUUUAUUUAUACAAUAUUUAUUUUAUUAUCCCCCACUUUGCCAUGACUUUGGGUCAGUCACUGAAUUAUAAACAUCAUCACCACAACCACUUUAGUUGUAUGCCGCUUUCCCCCCCCUCUCUCUCUCACACACACACAAAAAAAAAAUUAUGCUCAAACUGGCUUAUGAGAACACAACAUCAUAAAAUCAACAAUUGCGAUAAUAAUUUCAUAUUAACAGCCAUAAUAAAGAAGCAACAUAAGGUAAAUGUAAUGGCAAAUAAAACCCCUCACCAACAUUUUCGUAGUAUCAAUGUUGCAACAUUACUCCUCCUAGCAGUAGCAAAAAUGACAAGGAUGUUUGAACAGUUUCACCUUGGUCCUGGAUGUUUUAGCCUAGGCUUGCCAUACGUCUGGAAAAUUCUGGUCACGGCAGCAAAUCGGACACCUAAAAUGGUGUCCAGGGGGAAUUUUUUGAAUUUUAAGAGAUGCCAGGAAUUUCCUGGACAUAUGGCAACCCGGGUUUUGUUUUGUUUUCUGCCCCCCCCCGGAACUCUUGAAUUGAAAUGCUCCACAUCUGUCAGGAAAGGAAUUCUGAGCAGGGAGGGUUUUCUUUGUAUGCGUGCAUUAAGCAUUCUCUCUCUCUCUCUCUCUCUCUCUCUGGCUAUCUCAGCAUGAGACUCUUAAUCUCAGGGUUGUGGGUUUGAGUCCCAUGUGUUGGGUGAAAGAUUCCUGCAUUGCAGGGGGUUGGACGAGAUGAUCCUAAGGGUCCCUUCCAACUCUGCAAAUCUAAAUCUAAAAUCUCUCUCUUUGUGAAGGGUCCAUAACAGCCCAGCUUUGAAGAACUGAAAUAUGCCACUCAGGGCCUAGCCAGAAAGUGGAAGCUUCCUUAAAAAAAAAAACAACCAAUAAAAAAACAAAGUUCAACAACUAUGGUGGUUUCCUAAAAAAGAAAUUUUACUUUUUGAAAUAUGGCAAGCCUAUUUUUAGCCACUACUACUAUGUCAGCUACAAUUAUCCAAGGAUAAAAUUAGUCUGAUCAAAUGCCUAGGCCUCAGCUUCCCCAAAGAAUCACUGCCCCUUUGGUAUCACCAUUCAGGCACCAGUUCAUCUCAUGAUGUUAGUCACAUUCACUCUUCUGCAGUAGCUUCUUACAAGGCUUCCAAAAAUACAGGGUGGGGUAGCUAACCUACCGCACAGGGUUUAUGAGGAUAAAAUGAGGGGCCUGGGGUGGAGAAUCAUGUACAACACCAUACGGUUCUUGGAGAAAUGGUAGGAUAUAAAUGUAAUCAAACAUGGGGCCCUUAACAGAGCUGUUCUAGGUGCCCUUGGAAAAUGAAAGAUGCUGUCCCAGGGCCCUCCUUGUCUGGGUUUCCAUCUGGGCAUUCCCUUGAUCUGAAAUGGAAUUUCCAUCACAAUGUGGGUAAGAAACAAAAACAAAACAUGGCUGCCACUACAAAAAUUAUGGUAUUCAUGGAGACCAGCGGCAUUCGCCUAACCACUCCAUGUGGUGGUGCAGGGUCUAGCCCCCAAGGUUGCUCUCAGUCAUCAACAAAUCAGUAUACUCUGCAGGAAUGAGGAACUUAUGACCCUUCAUAUGUUAAUGGACUCCAGCUCCCAUCAUCCCAAAACCAUGGCCAAUGAUAAAAGAUGAUGGGAGUUGUAGUCCCACAACCUCUGGUUGGCCACAUGUACCCCAUCCCCAAUCUUCCAGAUUAAACCAGUUAAACCUUAUAGCUCUAGUUUGAUGCCAAGCACUUGGAAGGGAACCCUGUUUCACUGUUUCACUGUCCUGUUUAACUGUUUUGUGUGUUUCAGGUGAAUGGGCUGCCAGUUCAGAUCCCAUCCAAAAUCACAGAGUCAAUAAUACUUAAUCUGUCUGGUGAAGUCAUCACCCUGAGUUCACCUCAAGUUGAAGUAAAACUGGACCUAGCUGGAGGGGUGCAGAUGACUGCUAGUCCAGAUUUGAAAGGCAAAGUAUGUGGGGCAUGUGGAAACUUCAACAAUGAUCAGACGGAUGACCUAAUUGGCCCAAAUGAAGUGAAAGUAAUUGAUGUUCCUGGGUUGUUGACAUCUUGGACAGCCAGAGAUUUCACCCCCUGGUAA